GGUCCUGGAGGGUGCAGGAGAGGUACCUCCUAACAUUUUCCCCAUGGAAAGUUAAAGGAUUGGGACUUGACCAAAUUUCAACUCUCAUACUCCAAGACUGACCCUGCUGAGAGCCCCUGAGAUACUGAACUCUAUGAGUGGAGACCACUUGACUGCACUCAGCACCUUUCAGGAUCAGGCUUUAGGAAAUGGUCAGAGGAGCGAGAGGAGUAUCACCAUUUUGAAACAAAACCAAGGGUACUGGGCACUAAAUGAGAAUAUGGCCAAUGGCAUUGAAGAUCUUAUCGGGAUCCCAUUCCCGAACCACAGCAGCGAGGUGCUGUGUGGUUUGAACGAGCAGCGGCACGACGGGCUCCUGUGCGAUGUCAUCCUCAUCGUGCAGGACCAGGAGUACCGCACCCACCGCUCCGUCCUGGCUGCAUGCAGCAAGUACUUCAAAAAACUCUUCACUACCGGCACUUUAACGGACCAGCCCUAUGUUUACGAGAUUGACUUUGUCAAGCCUGAAGCACUUUCUGCCAUCCUCGAGUUUGCCUACACCUCAACUCUCACCAUCACCACCUCAAACGUCAAGCACAUCCUCAGCGCCGCCAAGAUGCUGGAGAUCCAGAGCAUCAUCAACGUCUGCCUUGAAAUCAUGGAGCCUGACAGAGAGGCCGAGGAGGAGGAUGACAAAGAGGACGAUGACGAUGAUGAAGAUGAAGAUGAAGAUGAGGAGGAGGAGGAAGAGGAGGAAGUGGAAGAUUUUGUCAAUCAGGAGAACCUAGGUGAUGUACAAGAAGUAAGCUGCCACCAAAGCCCUUCUGAGUCCGAUCUUACCGAAGAAGCUUAUACAGAAGCGCCUAAAGAUUUUCCAAAUCACUUCCCAGCCAGUAACUCCUCUGGACACUUGGGCAUGAUACGAGACUUCUCCAUAGAGUCCUUGCUGAGCGAAAACUUGUACCCUAAGGCAAACAUCCCAGAAAGGAGGCCAGCUCUGUCUCCUUUCGCCCCCAGCUUCUUCCCCCAUCUGUGGAACGGCGACUUUAACUCCUUCCCUCAACUUGAGGAGCCACAAGUAGACAACGGCCCUUUGGAUCUGGUGAUCAAAAAGAGGAAGAUCAAGGAAGAGGAGGAGAAGGAAGACUUGCCUCCGCCUCCUUUCCCUAAUGACUUCUUCAAGGACAUGUUUGCCAACACCCCAGCAGCUCCCUUAGGGCAUAUUAAGGCAGAGACUGACUACAGCGCUUAUCUCAAUUUCUUAAGCGCUACCCAGUUUGGUGGAGUUUUUCCCCCGUGGCCCCUGGAGGAAGAAAGGAAAAUAAAGCCUAAGGCAUCCCAGCAGUGUCCCAUCUGUAACAAAGUCAUCAUGGGAGCCGGCAAGCUGCCCAGGCACAUGAGGACCCACACGGGGGAGAAGCCCUAUAUGUGCAAUAUCUGUGAAGUUCGCUUUACCAGGCAGGACAAGCUCAAAAUCCACAUGCGGAAGCACACGGGGGAGCGGCCCUACCUGUGCAUCCACUGCAACGCCAAGUUCGUGCACAACUACGACCUGAAGAACCACAUGCGCAUCCACACGGGCAUCCGGCCCUACCAGUGCGAGUUCUGCUACAAGAGCUUCACCCGCUCCGACCACCUGCACCGCCACAUCAAGCGCCAGAGCUGCCGCAUCGCGCGGCCCAGGCGGGGCCGCAAGCCCGCAGCAUGGCGGGCGGCCGGCCUGCUCUUCGCUCCCGGCGCCCAGCCCGUGGAGAACAGCUUCGUGAUGCCCCCCACGCUGGAGGAGAUGAGCAGCCACCUCGGCAGCACGGCCAUGUGCCUUCCCGGCCCCAGCCCCAAACAUUUCCUGAGCGGGGCCAAGACGCCCUUCAGCCUGCAGGAGCUGGAGAGCCAAAUUGAAGAAACGCAGAUGAAGCUCCUCAGGCGGGCCCAGAUGGACAUGGAGAGGAACGCGGGCAUCUUCGCCUUCGCCCUGGGCCACAAUGAAAACCUCGCUGCCCAGCCCUUCUUCCCUCUCCCCGACCCUUGGAGCACAGGUUUCAGUGGCUUGGCGGGGCUCGGCCACGUGGCUCCCAUCUCAGAGGCCAGCAACUAA